GUAAAGUCAGUCAAGUUGUAGUUCAGGCAAAAGGAGGUCUGUAGACUUGCACUGGGACAUUGACUUUGCGGAUGAAUUGCCCUCUAGCUAACUCUGAGAGUAACUGACUUGAGUGUUAGCGUCCAGAGAGUCAGGCUGCUGCUCAGUUGAGCGUCUGCGCUUCUAAGGAAAGUAGCCUCGUCUGACAGCGAACCGGGAAGAUGCUUUCUGGAGUCGUUCAUUUCACACUAGCAGCGCUUUUGGCUCUGCUGCCAUGGUUGUCAUGUUUCAAUGUAGACGAGAAGAACCAGAUGUCAUUCAGUGGACCAGUGGAGGACAUGUUCGGGUACACCGUCCAACAAUUUGAGAACAGUGAGGGAAAGUGGGUUCUGAUUGGUUCUCCUCUGACUGGACAGCCAGCUAAACGGACCGGAGACGUCUACAGGUGCCCCGUUGGACAAAACAAAAACACUGGAUGUGAAAAAUUCCUUUUGCCAGAAAACACAACAAUUCCGAACAUAAAUGAAGUGAAGGAAAACAUGACUAUGGGGACGACGCUGGUGGUUAACCCAGACGGCAGUGGCUUUCUGGCCUGUGGUCCUCAGUAUGGCUACAUGUGUGGAAAACAGCAGUACAUCACUGGGAUCUGCUCGAACGUCAGCUCCUCCUUCAAAGUCCUCAACUCCAUCGCUCCGACUGUACGAGAGUGCAAGCAGGAUAUGGACAUUGUCAUAGUGUUGGACGGUUCCAACAGCAUCUACCCAUGGAGUCCCAUCACCGAGUUUCUGGUCAAAUUUCUCCAGAGCAUUGAAAUCGGACCAGCCCGGGUGGGCAUCGUGUCUUACGGAGACGAUGUCGGCCACGUCUUCAAUCUCAGCCAGUUCAGUAACACAAAAGACCUUCUUAAGGAAGCUGCUGAUAUACCUCAAAGAACCGGCCACAAAACCAUGACAGCUCUCGGCAUUGAUACAGCAAGGAAAGAGGCCUUUACAGUGGAGCGAGGAGCAAGACCAGGAGUCAAAAAAGUCAUGGUGAUCGUCACAGAUGGCGAGUCACAUGACCACUACAAUUUGAAAAAUGUCACCGAUCAGUGUGAACGAGAUGGGAUUGAGCGGUUCGCUGUUGCUGUCCUUGGUGACUAUAAUCGACAAAAUAAAACCAAUGAAGAAAUAAAGAAGUUUAUUGACGAAAUCGAAUUUAUUGCUAGCGAUCUCAAAAGCGAUCAUUUCUUCAAUGUGUCGGAUGAAGCAGCAUUAGUGACCAUCGUGGAUGCCUUAGGAAGCAAGAUCUUUGCCUUAGAGGCCACAUCUGAGAAACACACCUCCUCAUUUGAGAUGGAAAUGUCUCAGUCGGGAUUCAGCGCUCACACGUCUAAAGCGGGUGUGAUGCUGGGAGCCGUGGGCGCUUUCGAUUGGAACGGCACUGUAGUGAUGCAAUCUGGGCAAGAGUUUGUCGUUCCCAAAAAAAACACCUUCCACGACCCUGCAGAGCAGAGAUACGAAGGCAUGGCGGGAUACAUAGGUUAUGAUGUGCAGUCGGCGCACACACCCCAUGGGGUGCUGUACAUCACAGGUGCACCACGCUUUAACCACAGCGGCCGGGUCACGGUGUACCGCUUCGACGGAGAAAAUGUCACCAUAACACAGACGCUGAAAGGAGAGCAGAUUGGCUCCUAUUUCGGCAGUGUUCUCCAGACGCAUGACAUCGACCGUGACAAUUACACUGACAUCCUUCUGGUCGGAGCUCCCAUGUAUAUGGGUCCAGAGAGGGACGAACAAGGUCAAGUCUACGUCUACAGACUCAAUGAGGACGGGCUGUUUGAACACGAGAUGACGCUGAAGCCGGUGAAUCAGACCUGCUGUACAGCUCACUCCCAGAGCAACUGUAAGAGCAUCAGUAAGAACGAGCCCUGCGGCGCACGCUUCGGUACCGCCAUCGCUGCCGUCCCUGACCUCAACCUGGACGGCUUCAGUGACAUAGUGAUCGGAUCACCUCUGGAGAAUGACCACAGGGGGGCGGUGUAUAUUUACCACGGCUCUCAGAAAUCAAUAAAGGAGAAGUAUGUACAGCGCAUUGCUGCUGGAGGAGACGGAGAGAGCAUGAAGUUCUUCGGCCAAUCGAUUCACGGCAUCAUGGAUUUGAAUGAUGACGGCAUCAUUGACGUCACCAUCGGAGGAAUAGGAGGAGCCGCGCUUUUCUGGUCUCGGGAUGUCGCAGAGCUUCUUGCCGAGAUGACCUUCGACCCUAGCAAGAUCAAUCUGCAGCAGACCUGUCAGGUUCAAGGGAGGACCACAGUAUGUGUGAAGACCAAAGUGUGCUUCAAAUAUCGAAUCAAGUCUGACAAAGACACAAACACAGGAACGGUCAUCAGGUACAGUUUGACUCUUGACUCGCUGAGAGCGAUUGCUAGAGGACGGUUUAACGAAACGGACAACAGGAGGCUGCAGAAGAACGAGUCCAUCGUGGACAGGCUUUGCAGAGAGCACACCUUCUACACGUCGGCAAGUAACCAGUCUUCUUAUACACAAGAGGGCAAACUUCUGUCACGUGAUUUUUACCAGAGGUUCUCUGAUCAAAGGCCCGAGGCCAGAAAAAUCAGCCCAGCCUCCAUUGAGACACUGCAGCACGUCCUGCUUCACUGCAUACUUGCCCUCGGAGAUCCAGAGGAAAUUGCAUUAGUGGACUGCGGGAAUGACGACAAGUGUGUUGCUAAUCUACACCUUAAAGCCACUGCAAACAUCUCGAGACUUCUCAUAAAAAGCAACCAGGAGAAGUUUUAUGUCAACAUCGACAUCCACAACAGCAGAGACAAUGCUUACAAUACUAAGGUUACACUGAGCCACACGGAAAAUAUCAACUAUGUGAAAGUUGAGCCCAAAGAUAAAGACUGUGAAACGAAUCCUACCAGAAUAGUAUGUGCAGUUGGAUAUCCUUUUCUUAAAACUGACAAAAAGGAAAGCUUCAAAAUCCAGUUCGAGCCCAAUCCCUUUCAUAUUCGUAAGGACAUUGUGAUCAAUGUUACUGCAACCACUGAUAGUGAGGAGUCGGAUUCAAACUUGAGAGACAACUUUGUGAGCAUCGUCAUCCCUGUGCAGCACGAAGCCAACCUGAGAUUCAGUGCAAACAAGUAUAUGAAGCAGGACCACAUCAUAUUUAAAGAGAAGGAGACGAUACCCAGCGUUUUCAACCACACUAGUGUGAUCGGGGAUGAGGUGAAAAUCAGCUACACGAGCGGCGUUCCAGCGGAUGACGUAGACGUAGCUUGA